UUUUUCUAGUUCUUGGGUGUGGGACCUUGGAUAAACUCCAAGCCUAGGGUCCUAAGGCCACGCCAGGACCUUAUGGAGGCCCUCCCUAGAACUGCCACCUGGAGGUGUGCGGAUGAGUGGAGGGGAACCUGACCCGGGAAUGUUCAGGAAGCCACGGGUCUCUUCUUCGUGACAACAGAUCAUGGGAAGGAGUAGGGAUGGUGACUGUGCUGGGGGCAGCGGGAAGUUAGGGUCAGAAGUCUUACUAGUCUCCAUCCGUCUGCAGAGUGGAGAACAGACAGGGGUUGAGGGAGAAGGAAGAUCGGGGUGGGGGCUACGGCCAUACUCAGGUGAGGCCAAUGGACCACGGUUAUAGAUUACAUUUUGGAUGUGAAGUUCUUUUAAAAGGCAACUUCUAAUUUGGACAUUGAGGAAACAGGAUUCAGGAAUGACCCUGUAGUUUUUGAGGGAAUUCAGUUUCAAUUAACUGAGAUAGAGAAGAUGGUAUUAAUAAUAAUAUUCACUGGGACAUCAGGAGUUUUGAUUUGGCUAUGUUAAGAAUAUAGAGAUGUUUCCACCAGAGAGGUAGAAUUAAGUGGGGAGCUGAAUACACUGAUCUGGAAAUCUGGUAAGUGGUUGACAAUGGAGACAUCCAAAAUGUGGUUGUGUGGACUAAAGUUAGUGAGCUGUGAAUCACAUUGAGGAUUUAUGGUGGAAGGCAUAGGGGCAUUGGCAGGGUUGGAUGGAGCCAAAAACAGUGCCUCUUGGUUCAGUUUCCAGUUGAUGGCAAUAGGCUUUACAAAUACAUUAUGGGAAUAGAGGUAAAGGAGGUGAGUGGCCAUGAAAGUAGGAGGUAGCAAACAGGAUGUUUUGCAAGUAGCAUAGGCUUUCAGUGGAGGAAUGGAUGUGGGAUGGUUGCGAGGUAUAGGUAUAUUUGAGGCAAGAUGACACUUUGGCUGGACUUGGUGUCCAAUCUAUGGAAUUGCUAGGAUUUUAGGUAGUGACUUUAGUGGGGCCUAGUGUUUCAUUCUGCCUGGAAGAUAAAGCUAGGGGCAGAUGUAAUCACAUCUGUCUGUGAUAGUCACUUGCCCAGGGUUGAAUGAAGAGUGGAGCAGAUCUUAAAGUGUUAGGUAUAUAGAGAAAAGUUGGACAUCUGGUACAGACAUGAGUAGAGUAGGGUCAUGAGUAUUUGAGAUGAACACAUGGCCAGUGUGGCUAAGUCUGGGGCAAAAAAAUGGAGCCAGGCAGGGGACUUAAUAUAACCUUGUCUGCCCCCACUAGUGGAAACUAUGAGAAGUGCAGGGCAGUUUUUGAUCCUGUUCAUAUUUGUUAAGCAUACUGUGAGUGUUGUGUGCUGUUACAGGUACUGUGUGGUGUCUUGACAGCUGGUGAAAUUCGGGUGAUAUCAAGUAAACUGAAUAUAAGUUCCUUUCCUCAUUCUUCUCCAGCUAAUAAUAUCUCCACAUAGACAAUUCUUUUUAUGAAGGGGACCAGACAUAAUUUCUGCUUAUUCCUUUGUAGCAGAUUUCACCUCCUUACCAGCCCAAGUAGUUACCCAAACAUAUCAGUUGAGGGGACCAGGGAGUAUCUUACCCUUUUGGUCCUAAAAAGUUUGCAUCCCACAGCCCCUGGUUCAAUUUUUCUGGACCAUACCUCUAUGUAGUCUUAAGUGGUAUACAUUGUCCUCUACAAGGAUUGUCGUUAAUCUAUCCAGUAUCAGAUAUUGUAUGUUUGGUCAUCCCCAUAAACCUAGGGUGAGAGUUUACCUUCACCAAUGGUGUGAAGAGGAGGUAAGGAAAUCAGGAAGAUGAGGUGUAGGACAGUGAAGUUGUUUUGGCCCUGGGACUUUGGUAUCUCUAGUUAUGAGGGAUGUGAAGUGUAAAUAAUGAUGUGCACUUGGACAGCAAGUAACUGUGACUGUCCUGGGGUCCUGUAUUGAGACUGACAUGAUCUUGGGUACAAAGGGGCAAGGGCAGAUAAUUCUGUGCCAGGUCCCUAGCUAAGUUAUUGGUCCACCUUCCUGUUGUUGAUGCUGUGCCCAGUGAUCAUUGAACCCAGAAGAGGACAGUGGCAAUUGGAAGCUUGGGAAUGGAAUGGGCUUGAGAUAAAUAUGUGGGGGAAUGGAUUGUAUGUCCUCAGGAAAGUGGUUUGAUUUUCUUCCAUUAUGGCAGGGCCACAUAACUUUUGAAGAUGUAGCCAUACACUUCUCUUGUGAAGAAUGGAAUCUCCUUGACCAGGCUCAACAAUGCCUGUACCGUGAUGUGAUGGUGGAGAACUUGGCCCUUAUAACUUCCCUGGAUUGUUGGCAUGGAAUGGAGAAUGAGGAGGAUCUUUCUGAGCAGGAUAUUUCUUUAGAAGAUGUGUCCCAAGUGAGGACUUCAAAUGAAGGUCUGUCUCCCCAGAAGGCUCCUCCCUGUGUGAUGUAUGGCCUGGUCUUGAGAGACAUUUUGCACAUAACUCAUCACCAACAGGGAACACAUUGUCAGCAGAAACUGUACAGAUGUGGGGCAUCUGGGAAACAAUUGUGUUUCUCUGCAGACAUUGAUCAGCACUUUGGAGAGAAACCCUUCAAAAGCAAUGUGGGAAGAGCCUUAUUUAUGAAGAGGUACAAAUUCCAUGAAUCAAGGGAACCCUUUGCCUGCAUAGAAGUUGGGAAGGACUUCAUGGCCGGCUCAGAAUUUCUCCAUCAACCAGCCACUUGCAUUGAGGAACAGUCAAAUGGCAAAAGUAAUUUGGGAACUGUCUGUCACAAUGGAAAAACUCAUUUUGACUGUAGAGAAUACAUAAAGACAUGCAGCCUUGAACACACAACCGUGCAGCAGCCGAAAACCCACACCAGAGAAAGAUGUUAUAUGUGCACUGAGUGUGGGAAAUCUUUUAGCAAAAGCUAUAGCCUCAAUGACCACUGGAGGGUUCACACUGGUGAAAAACCUUAUGAGUGUGGGGAGUGUGGGAAAUCAUUUAGGCAGAGCUCUAGCCUCAUUCAGCACCGGAGAGUUCACACUGGAGUGCGACCUCAUGAAUGUGAGGAAUGUGGUAAAUUAUUUAGCAACAAGUCCAACCUCAUCAAACAUCGGAGAGUUCACACUGGAGAAAGGCCUUAUGAGUGCAGUGAAUGUGGAAAAUCCUUUAGUGAGAGCUCAGCACUUCUUCAACACCAAAGCAUGCACACUGGAGAAAGGCCUUACGAAUGCAGUGAAUGUGGGAAAUUCUUUACAUAUCAUUCCAGUCUCAUAAAGCACCAGAAAGUUCAUAGUGGAUCAAAACCUUAUGAAUGCAGUGAGUGUGGGAAAUCAUUCAGUCAAAAUUCCAGCCUUAUUGAACACAGGAGAGUUCAUACUGGAGAAAGGCCCUUUAAGUGCAAUGAAUGUGGGAAAUCCUUUAGCCAGAGCUCUGCACUCCUUCAGCAUCGUAGAGUUCACACUGGAGAAAGGCCUUAUGAGUGCAGUGAAUGUGGGAAAUUCUUUACUUAUAGUUCCAGUCUCCAAAAACACCAGAGAGUUCACACUGGUUCAAAGCCUUAUGAGUGCAGUGAAUGUGGGAAAUCCUUUACUCAAAACUCCAGUCUCAUUAAACACAAGAGAGUUCAUACUGGGGAAAGACCUUAUGAGUGCAACGAAUGUGGGAAAUCCUUUAGCCAUAGCUCUAGCCUCAUUAAACACAGGCGAAUUCAUACUCGAUAAAGGCCUGUGGGCGAUGUGGAAAAUCCUGUAGCUGAAGAUCCAAUCUCCACAAACUUGAAAAUUCACCUUAGAAAAGUCCUUGUGAGAACAGUGAACUUGAGAAAACAUUCAGCUGAAAGCCUUAUCUCAAUGGAUUACCACAAAGUUCAUAUGAGAAAUAUACCUUUGAUGUGCAUGGAUAUGUUAUUUUCUUGUUCAUUAUACCAGCUCUUGAAAGGUUUUGGUGGUGCCACUGCCUGAAUAGGACCACCUACAUCCAAGCAUCCACUCACAUUCCAGGUAUGUGGGAGCUAGGCUGCACUCAUUAAUGCCUGGGCCCCAUGCCAAAUUCAUGCCACUGAAAGCUUAACUCUAUACCUCCUGGAAGGUGCCCACAGUAUGCACCAUUCACCCACCCCAGUGAAACAGGGAUUUGUAAGUAGGAAAGGAUUUGUAAGUAGACUACGCAUUCCUCCCCUUUUCAUCUAUUUCUCUCUGAUGAGUUAGCCCAUGCCACAAGGACUGUGCUGUUGACUUAGGAAGGUGGACCUUUUUCAGAAAUAUUGUUGGUUUCAUGUGACUCUUGAUGGAAUUUUUCCAACCACAGAAUCACCAAGUGUGGGAACCACCUGUGUCUCAUUGCUCCGGGUGUCUGAUAAUAAAACCUUUAUUGGUUGAGGCACCAGUUAUUUGGGGGAAUUCUAUUUACUGAAUGUAGUUCUUUGAAAACAAUUGGGAUCUUUUGGGUGAACAAGUUGUUGGGAUCCCAAACAUUGUGUCCCUAGGGAGGGUAGUGGAAUGUUGGCAGAAUACAGCUCUUUCUGGCUUGGGCCUUCUGUAUUGCUGCCUGAGGCUUCCAGGAAAACCUGCAGGGUGCUGUUUGAAGCCGGGAGAGGUAGUGACAAUCUGAUACUUCUGAGAGCAACAUGAACUUAUUUUCCUUUUCAAAGGGAUAUUGCCUCAAGCUCAGUAUUGGCUGGGGUACCUGUUUGUCAGGCCCUGCAUGGAUCUGUAUGCCCUGACAUUCUGAGUUCCAUAGGAUAACAUCACAAGCUGUAAGAUUAUAGUUGUUACAGAAAUACUGGAUUAAUAGGUAGUGGGAGAGACUACCACAAACUGAUUGGAAGGUGCCUCUUUUACAUGGGUAUCCACAAUGUUACAGUCACCCUGGCUAUGAAAGAUGAGCAGGUCAGAAAUACUUAGGACCUCCAGAACUCUGUAUCUUAUGUAGCUGAAGUUAUUUACAGAGACUGCUCAUCUCAAGGCUGUACUGUGCAGACAGGAAAAUAAGGAUUCUAAGAAGGGAGAUCUUGGUCCACUUACAUGGCCUCUGUGAGCAGGCAGUAUUCCUGCCAAGUCCAGUGGAAACAGUCUUCACCUCUUAGCUAUGUUUGUUACCACUGAGGCAAGAGGUCCCCCAGGGCAUGAGGAGAAAGGUGAUGGAGUCAACAUUGUCAAUCCUGAUUUUUCAAAAACAAAGAAAUUCAGACUUUCACCUGUACAACAAUAGAUUCAUUCAUAUCCUGGAAUUGUAUGUUAUUGAAAUCAUUUUAAGUUCUCAUGCUUUUUCCCCUGGGUAUGAGAUUUAUCAGUAUUGAAUGGGAUUUUUGUUUUUUAAGAGAAAGGAAAAAGGUUUGUGGCUUUGCUACAAAGAAGAAACACUGGGUACUCCUGUCCCCAAAGCUGUGAGUCUGCCCAUCAACAGGAACAUGAGGAUGACUGGAUAUUUUUUAUUGCUGAGAAGUAAGAGGUUAUAUGGCUAUAACCUAUUUUUUAUUUAUUCAUCUGGUCAUAGAUAUUUUGGUUGUUUACAACAAGUUUUAGAUUUAUUGCAAAUAAAGCUGCUGCAAACACUUUUCCAAG